GCUUGGUUGUUAUGUAGUGUUGUCCCAGUUGCUAUGUCACAUUUCGUGAGGGAGUUUCGCCUGUGUGUAUGACUUGUAUCUCUCAUCAGCAUUGCUCUCAUCACGGAAUUUAGGAAACGCGUCAAUUUAACAACUGGAAACAUAUUGGUCAGCAAUGGCUAACUAUAUCAGGGACCUGGACAGAGAAAAUCUGCCGUAUAUUGGUCAGCUCAACAGAAACAGGGUUUUGGAUGGCACUUCCCCUUCAGCCAGACGGAUACGUGAAUUAGAAGAAGAGCUUGGCAUCAGAUAUCAACCAACAUCUCCAUCAGCUAGCCAGUACUUGGGCAGAUACAACCAGGGAGAUGUCGGCCGAAGAGCAGUUACCGAGAUGUCAGAUCAGCUUAAGUCUGCCCGAGAAGAGCUCAGAAAGAAGGAUGCCCUUAUACAACAACUGUCAAGUUUGGACUCCGCACCAAGAAUUCACAGAUCACCUGAUCCUUUACGGGUGGACACUCUGUACCUGGGAGACAGGACAGCAGUGGAACAGUCCCGCAGUGAACUGGCAACAUCGCAGGUCAAGUUAGAGAAAAUACAGAUACAGCUGAGGGAGGCAGACAAUGAAAUAGAAAUAAAGUCUAUAAAAGUGAAAGAGCUUCAACAUUUGCUGGAGACAAAUCGUGAAAAUGAAGCCAAGUUGACAGCUCUGGUGCAGUCGCUCCGAGACAGAGUGCGUGAGCUGGAGGACAAGGCAGGGUGUAUCGAGACAGUGGCUGGACGUAGCGAGUACGCCAUUGGAUCACUGCAGAGAGACAACCGUGAGAGCCAUGACCGCAUCCUGGAGCUAGAGGGGAGGCUGAGGAAACAGUUGGAGGAGCGCGAGGCGUCCGAGGCCCGAGCUGAUGAGUGCCAGAAGAGGCUGACUGAACUCCAAGCCCAGCUGAGUGGGCUCCUCCGAGCUGAUGACCUGUAUGAGUCCACCCCCGCAUCUGUAGAAACCAUUGUCAGGAAGAUGACAGAUCUGAUGCAGGAAAACGCUAUGUUGAAAGGCAAACUUCUGUCCCUGAACGAGGCCUUGAACAACACAGAACUGGAGACCAAGGCCAGUCGGGAAACCAUAAUGAGGCUGGUGUCAGAGGUCGGGCGUGAGCAGAAGGUGGCCACGAGAUACACAAGUGAAAUUGACUCUCUCCGAAUGGAAAGAGACAACGCAUUGGCAGCCAGACGAGAGGUGGAGAGGGAGAUUGAAUUAAUGAAGGAGAGGCUAGAUGCCAACCAGAGGUCGCUGGAUGCCACUAGGGGUGAACUGGAGCUGAGACAGGGACGUCUGUCGUCUCUGGACCGGGAGGUUCGUGAGACUUCGCACAAUGUCCGCAGUUGGGAGAACCAGUACCAUCUGUUCCGGGAGCAGAUCGCGGGUCUCCUGAGCAACGCCUUUACCAUGGUGGAGCCCAGUGAAGACAUGAUCAAGGACACGAUCAGGAGGAUGGCACAGACCAACAAGGAGUAUGAAAUCCAAUUGGGGAGCCUGGAAUCCCGAGUGAAAGACCUAACGGAGCAGCUAGAAAAUCAGUAUGAUCUUAAUCGGUCAAGCAACCAGAGGUACAAGCAAAAUGAGACCAGCUUGUAUGAUCUGGAACAAAGACUGAGAUGUACGGAAGGCGAGCUUGCAGCAGGGGAUCUACUUCGUGAUGGGCUCAAGUCAGAGAAAGAGAAGUACAUGCGUCUGCUGCAACGGUUGGGCGAGAAGAUGAAGAUGGACCACAUUGCCCUUGACCUUGGCUUUGACAUGACAAUAGACGCCAUCAUGGCGCGAGCCGGGCAACUGGUGAAGCUUGAAGCUGAUGCUCUGGCAGACCGCAGCACCCACAUAUACAACCUGCAGCGCAAGGUGAAGAGUCUCAAGGAGCAGCUGGAGAGCAAGGACCUCCAUAUUGACCUGCUCAGGAAGAAGAUGACAGGUCUGGAGGAACGAGUGCAUAGCCGCGGUGACGUGGAGAAGGAGCGUGACGGGGAGUCGAUGCGGGUGCGGAAGCUGGAGAGGCUGGUGGACAAAUACAAGCUGCAGCUGACAGACGCCAGACAGGAAGUCCAGAACCUAAAGGCUCAUCUGCUCGGCUCCAGUGAAAUGAAGGUACGCACCAUGGAGCAGCGCAAGGACAUUGAUGAACUGGCCCAGCAGGUGGAAGAACUCGAGGACCUACGCAGGAAGCAGAGCCGGAAGAUCGCCAACCUGAAGUCGGAGGUGCAGUACCACGAGAACGAGAACCAGGAAAAGAGGGUGGUGUCUGACAACGCUGUGCACGCUCUGUCUGGAGAACUCAAGACCACCAAGACAGCGCUACAGAACAUCCAGCAUAGAGAGAAACAGCUGUUGGACUUCCGUAAUGUGGUGGCCCGUAUGCUGGGCCUUGAGAUCAACUCCCUGGCUGUCCCCGACUACGAGAUCAUCUCCCGCCUGGAGAAGCUCAUCCACACCCACCAUCAACAGACUCACACCAGCAUGAACCUGGAGGAGGCCCUCGCUGACAUGGAGGACGGUUUCACCAGCGACUACAGCACCACGCGGCGAGCUCUGACGACCGCUGACCCCAUCAUGCGCAGGUCACGUGACAAGUCUCGCAGGAGGGCAGCUCGGGCUCAAGUCAGGGCAAGAUCGCUUUCGCCAACGAGACGCAUUGACCCAAGAUCUUAUUAAAUCAAAACUCUCCACACUAGAAGUUGCCUUAUUGUAUAUUAAACAAGUCUCCAUAGUCAAGGAAGGGUGUGGGUAAAGGAGGAGAAUAUGAACUGAUAUUUUGUCAAUGGUGGUUAAACAUGCAUCCGUGCUAAGGCACCCUGUCAGAUCUUGGCUCUUACAUGUCUAAGGUAAAGGGCUGUCUUUUACACUUUCAUUUCGUGGAUAAGCGUUUAGUUCCACUUAAACAUUCCGACAAGAAAACUUGUAAUUCUACAUUUGUAUAAUAAUUGUACAGUAAAGUAUUGACAUUUUCGAAAUAAAUGAAUAAUUUUGUCAGUUUAAUUAGGCAAUAGUUUGUUAUUCUCUAUUACUGAUACUGACGUUUUUCGCAAAUAUAUAUUGAUUUGACUCUGAAAACAUAUUGCAAACAGCUUUUUCCCCCAUUUUCUGACUUGGAGACCCUGGAUGUUUAGAGUAGUACAUCAUCUGUGAUACGUCCUGUUGCCUUGUGUUGGAAGCAUAUCUUUAUUGUUAUUGAUUAUUGUUACUGGAUGACACUAUGUACAGCAUUCUUCAUCUACAUUGUUGUCAUAGCAACACAUCCUAACAUGUUUUUAUCAAAUUGUUGACAAGAUUUUUAGCCUGACUCAAGUAGCUGUAGAUAUAUUUAUCCUUGAAACUCUAGAUCUAGGUCACUAAGGUCACUUUAUACUAUAUGAAUGCUAAAUUAAUUCACAAUUAUUUAUUAUCACCAUUAUUAAAGAAAAUCUUUUAUCAAAUAUUAUAUCCUAUUUAUGUUCGCAGGUCUGUUUCUUUAGUGUUGGGUUUUGUUUAGUCCACUGCCAAGGUGCUCGGUGAUCGUAAUGUUCCUAGGGGUGAUUUAAUGUGGUGAAAAAACAACAAUUUCACAUAAAUUGGCAAAAGUGUAUUCAUUAGAUCUGAACACAUAUCCUAGAUCCUACACGCAAACAUUAUGCACACCAAAUGUUGUUAUUAUUUUAAGUAAUAUGCUUGUUGAAUGGUUCUUCAUCAUACUCAUUUACCCCCUCCAUCUAUAGAACUAGGCAGUGAAGAAAAGGUGGUCACUAGUUGACCCUGACUUUAGGAUUUAAGAUUCAUAGUCAACAAAUUUUUAGCUAAGGAUGCAACCAUUUAAUAUUCUGAGUGAGUGAUGGAAUACCGUAUUCAACGUAAUAAGCGCCCCGCUCUAAUAAGCGCCGAUGGCGAUAUUUGCUAAUAUAUUGUCCAGUAAACAAUCCUAAUUAGCACCCCUUCCGAUUGAUCAAUGUACACAAGACUUAUUUAUUUAUGUUUAAUACGCACUCAUGUGUUAUAUGCACACUUAAUUAUGGGCAAUUAAAUUCUGGAAAAAUAUAUCUGUCGUACAUAAACAUUUCAGGAUGUCAGCAUAAACCACGAAAUUUAUCUUUUAACUCUGUUUUUUUACUAAAAUAAUAUUCUAAUAAGAGCCCCCCAUUUCUAAUUUUGAGAGCGCCCUGGGCGCUUAUUACGUCAAAUACAGUAUAUGGUUUUACACCGAUUUUUGCAAUAUUCCAGCAAUAUCAUAGCGGGUACACCAAAAAUAGGCUCACACAUUGUACACAAACCCAGGUGUCCGGAAAACACUUAACCGCUAAGCGACCCCAAUGCCCCAUUUGAUAUUCUGAAGGGUGAGGGGGAAGGCUGAGAUUUGUUUCAAAUUUUUUUCCAGAAUUGUCCUCUGGCUUUACCCACACAAAUAAAUUGUUAACUAUACAUGUUGGCUGUACUGAAAGAAAUUGUGAAUUUUUUUUUGUUCGGAUACCCCUUUGACAGGAAACAGAUUGUGUGUUUUGAACAAUCACUGAAAACAAUAUCCGGUCUCCAACAAAAAGGAAUGCACUGGAAUAAGAAGCACAUGUUUGCAAGAACAUUUCCUCCACCAAGGAUAGAUGGAGAGGGUUAAUGCAGGUGUGGUAUUCAGGGAUAUCAGUAUAUAUGUUUUCAUUCUGCAUUAAGUCAAGCACAUUUUUUUGGAAUAUUGAUGUCAAGAAUUUUGUAUUUUAUUGAUUCUGUGGUACAGAAACUUCUUCCAGAUCUCUGUUAUGUGAUGUGCAUCAUUCCGCCUGUCUACUUUUUAUGUCCAUAACUUUGUAUAUUUUCUGUAGUUUCAUUUUCAUCAUUUUUGUACAUAUAAUCUAUGGAAUAAAAUAUUACUAGUUUCUAUA